UUCCCGCUAGAGCGGCCGUUCCGGCGGGCCCCGGGGCAUGCCGGGAUGGGGCCGCCUCUCGCUGACCUCUGCCGGGCCGCCAUGGCGGCGCUGCCGGUGGUUCUGCUGCUCGCGGUGAUGGCGGCGGGAGGCGGCGCGGGGCCCGUCUGGGACGCGGCCGGGUACCUGCUCUACUGCCCCUGCAUGGGCCGGUUCGGGAACCAGGCCGAGCACUUCCUGGGCGCCUUGGCCUUCGCCCGCGCCAUCAACCGGACCCUGGCCGUGCCGCCGUGGAUCGAGUACCGGCACCACCGCCCGCCCUACACCAACCUGCAUGUCCCGUACACCGAGCACUUCAAGCUGGAGCCGCUGCGCCGGUACCACCGGGUGAUCAGCCUGGAGCAGUUCAUGGAGGCGCUGGCCCCCGUUCACUGGCCUCCCGGCAAGCGAGUGGCUUAUUGCUUUGAGGCGGCGGCCCAGAGGAGCGCGGACAAAAGCACCUGUCCCAUGAAGGAUGGAAAUCCGUUUGGUCCCUUCUGGGAUCAGUUCCAAGUGGACUUUGAUAAGUCCGAGCUCUUCAAGGGAAUUUCCUUCAGUCCUGCUUACAAGGACCAUUGGAUCCAAAGGUUUUCGCCAUCUGAGCACCCUGUACUGGCCUUACCUGGAGCUCCAGCCCAGUUUCCAGUCUUGGAGGAGCACCGGCCCCUCCAGAAGUUUGUGGUGUGGUCUGACGAGAUGGUGAAGAAAGGAGACUCGUAUAUCCACUCGCUGCUGCUCCGGCCCUACGUGGGGAUUCACCUGCGGAUCGGCUCGGACUGGAAAAACGCUUGUAACAUGUUGAAGGAUGGGACAGCCGGGCCGCACUUCAUGGCCUCGCCACAGUGCGUGGGCUACGACCGCAGCGCCGCGGCCGCGCUCACCAUGGACAUGUGCCUGCCUGACCUGCGCGAGAUCCAGCGCGCGCUCCAGCUCUGGGUGGAGAAGACUGAAGCCAAAUCUGUUUAUAUCGCCACUGAUUCUGAGCCCUACACGACAGAGAUACAGAAGUUCUUCCAAGGGAAGAUCAAGGUCGUGAGCCUGCAGCCAGAAGUGCCUCAGAUUGAUUUGUACAUUCUUGGCCAGUCUGACCAUUUCAUCGGGAACUGUGUCUCUUCGUUUACUGCCUUUGUGAAAAGAGAGCGUGACGUGCAUGGAAAACCCUCUUCGUUUUUUGGCAUGGACCACCCCCCAAGGUUACGGGAUGAGUUCUGACCAGAAGAGCAGCAGGCUCUGUAGUUCUCAGGGCUCUGCAGCUCUCGCGGCUCUGAGCUGGUGUCCUGAGUGUUCUCCUGCCCACGGAGCACACCGACAGUUUGUGGGUGCUCCACACGGACGGUUCUAGACUCUUCUGUCUGACUUCUGUAUUUCCAGCACGAGGUCAGACAGAAAAUAGAUUUUAAAUCGUGUCUUUUUAUAGGAAACGGUAAACUAUGUAUAGUUUUUAAGAGAUAGUUGAUGUAGCUCUCCAUUUUCUCUGUUUGGGGUUCGCCAGCAAUCGUGGCGAAGCAGCUGCUCACAUUCCUCUUCUCCAUUUUAAAUUUUUUUUUCCGUUAAAUUUAAAUUGUACUUGGAGAUGUCAUGGAGCUUCUUGUCCAAAACUGACCACAAGCUCUUUUCAAGUACGAAGUAUUGUCAGGAAUAUCACAGUCCCUGGAAAGGAAUACAAGGUAAAGCUCUGUACUGGAAACGAGACCUGGCUUUUAUUGAGAGCCACUGGUGCCUUACUGGGCCCACGUCACCUCAGUGCCUUGGUUUCUGUUCCCCUGUCAGAAGAGAUAAGAGUUCUGCUUGGCUGUGGGGCACCUGGAUCCCUUCAGCGGUGCUACUGAAGUGCUGGGGGACAGGUUUUAAUGUGGCAGCUGCUUCUUCACCCCAUCCUUGUCUGGAAUGGGGGGAAGGUGUCUGCAGGGACAUGGGGAGAUCUGUCACAGCUGGUGGAGAGUUGGAGAAUUGUGGCUUGUAGCUGUUGGUGUCAGGUGGAUCUGGGUGGUAGGGAUGAAACUGGUGUAGAGCUGAGACUCAAAGUAGCAGUAGUGGGGUUGGUGUACGUCGUGCCUAGGUCCAUGUUAGUGGUUUCUGUUUUCUUGUUUGUUUUUGUACUUUGUAAAAUAACCCAUCUGACAGCAAAACCCCUAGCUGGGGGCUGGUUCCUGGCGAAGGGAACCAUUGGGAGUGUUUGAUGGUGAAACGGCAGCUCAAAAACCUUCCUGUGGCCCAGUGUGAUUUGAUGCUGGUAACACUGCUAAUCCUGAUGUGGUGAGUCUCGACUGAUGACUUUUGGUAUGCCUGUGUUUUUUAUCUUUUUGUCCAAAGACUGAGUACAGAACUUAUUGUUCCUGUUUUUAAAACGUCAGUGAGGUGGGGCUGGCUGCCCCUACUGUGUUGCUGCAGGGCUUUAAAUGUCUUUUUGUGGAUUUUCCCUCCUUGGAAACUCCUGAGCUCUGCGGGGCUCAGGGCACAAGGGGGCUCCAUGAGGGGCAAAGUCUCAUCCUGUGUCUCCUCAGCGCUGCCUUCCAGAAAUCACAGUGUUUGUUGGGUCAUGGUCUCUGGCUGUGUCCCUGCACGGUUUGGUGGUUCCGGGUCUCUGUCCAUGUCCCUGCACAGCCCUCGGUGGUUCCCUCAGCCAUUGGGACGGCCGUUCCGCCUGGGUUUGAGAAGACAGUCUGUUAAGAGAAAAUGUUUUAAUUUGUUUUUUUAAACUCGGUAUUUUUUGUAAUAAUAAACCCCUGAUUUUGUAUUCA